UUUUUUUUUUUUUAAUUAGCUAUAUUAUGUCUUAAACAGAGAGACUGAUCAACAAGAGUCUGAAAGAGACAGGCAGAUUCGUGUCUUCGCUUACAAUAAGCAGCUCGAUCUCAUUUUCUUAACAUUCAGUACCUUCACUAAUCACUGCUGUGACUGUUACCCAAGAAAAGCUGAAAUUUUUAGAGCCCAGAAGGAGAGAACCAAACUCCUUAUAUACUGCAACUUUGCCUUGCCAUUCCGUUCGUUCUCCAGUUACUGAGAAUUAAACAGGCAAUUGGUAACUGAAAAUAGAGGAGCACUGUGUGGGUUAGAUUGUGAUGCUGCAUGUUGCUACCAGCUGAGGGGAUAAGGAUGAAUUCCACGAUGGAUGAUAUUAACUUGAUUCAGCAAGCACAGAGGCAUCAUUUGGUGGUCAGAGAGCUUGGAGAGGAGAUUGAUUUGGAAAUUGGUCAUGGAGAUGAUGACCAUUCAUUUGCUAACACUCCUAUUAUGGGUGGUCGACCACGAGAACAUUCUGCUGAGGACAAUGAUGAAGUCAAGAAUAUGAUGGCUUCUUCUCAAUUUUCAAACGAAGAACAAGAUGUGCCAAAGACACAACCAGUAAAAAGGAAGAAAAAGGUGGUCAAAAGAUGGAGAGAGGAAUGGGCAGAUACCUACAAGUGGGCAUUCGUGGAUGUGAAAGAAGGAACUGCAAGGAUAUUUUGCUCUGUUUGUAGAGAGUAUGGGAGGAAGCAUAGAAGAAAUCCAUAUGGGAAUGAAGGCAGUAGAAAUAUGCAGAUGAGUGCACUGGAAGAGCAUAACAAUAGUUUGCUUCACAAAGAGGCUCUUCGUCUGCAGAUGGCCUCCAAGGAUAAGAUUGUGGUCGAUAAAACUAUUUAUGUAAAAGCUCUUAUGUCAAAAACAGCUGGAUCUAUUGUUGAAGCUGCACUUAAAAGGGAUCCUCAUGAGGUUGAGUUCAUACAAUCAGUGCAGGAAGCUGUUCAUGCUUUAGACAGAGUUAUUGCAAAAAAUUCUCAUUACGUCAACAUCAUGGAACGCUUAUUAGAACCUGAACGCAUGCUUGUUUUUCGAGUGCCUUGGGUGGAUGAUAGGGGUGAGACACAUGUCAAUCGAGGUUUUCGGGUGCAUUUUAACCAGGCAUUGGGUCCAUGUAGGGGUGGUAUUCGUUUCCAUCCAUCAAUGAACUUAAGCAUUGCCAAGUUUCUUGGUUUUGGACAGACAUUAAAGAAUGCCUUAUCACCAUACAGACUAGGAGGGGCUGCUGGUGGAAGUGAUUUUGAUCCAAAAGGAAAAACUGACAAUGAGAUUAUGCGCUUCUGCCAAAGUUUCAUGAAUGAGAUCUAUAGAUAUCUAGGUCCGGACAAGGACCUUCCAUCAGAGGAGAUGGGUGUUGGUACAAGAGAAAUGGGGUAUCUACUUGGACAAUAUAGACGCUUAGCAGGUCAUUUUCAGGGAAGUUUUACAGGGCCGAGGAUAUUUUGGUCUGGCUCUAGCCUUCGAACUGAAGCUACUGGCUAUGGGUUGGUUUUCUUUGUGCAGCUUAUGCUUGCUGACAUGAAUAAAGAAAUCAAAGGACUAAGAUGUGCUGUAAGUGGUUCUGGAAAGAUUACAAUGCAUGUUCUAGAGAAGCUUAUUGCUUAUGGUGCCCUUCCGAUCACAGUAUCAGAUUCAAAGGGAUACUUGGUGGAUGAGGAUGGAUUUGAUUAUGUGAAAAUAUCUUUUCUCAGAGAUAUCAAAGCGCAGCAGAGAAGUUUGAGAGACUACUCAAAGACUUAUGCUCGUUCUAAGUACUAUGACGAAGCAAAACCUUGGAGUGAAAGGUGUGAUGUUGCAUUUCCUUGUGGUUACCAGAAUGAAAUUGAUCAAUCUGAUGCCAUUAGUCUGGUUAACUCAGGCUGUCGUCUCCUCGUUGAAGGUUCAAACAUGCCUUGUACUCCUGAAGCUGUUGAUGUUUUGAAAAAAGCCAAUGUUCUCAUUGCUCCUGCUAUAGCAGCUGGUGCUGGAGGGGUUGUUGCUGGGGAGCUUGAGUUGAACCAUGAGUGCAAUUUGCUGAACUGGUCACCUGAGGACUUUGAAUCUAAAUUGCAGGAAGCAAUGAAACAGAUCUACCAAAGAGCCCUGAAAGCAGCAAACGAUUUUGGCUACCAAAAGGAGAGUCCUGAGGCGUUGGUGCACGGAGCUGUCAUCUCUGCUUUUCUAACCAUUGCUCAAGCUAUGUCUGAUCAAGGAUGCGUAUAGAAGUCAAGGAUAACAUAUAAUUCACAUGCUUCACUAAAGUUCUAUGAUCUCUGAAGGCGGCACUCCUUGGCACAAACAAGUGAUCAUUAGCAGCAAGGUCGUGCGGAUCCUUAAUGCCAGGGAAGAUCCAAGAUCUGUAUCUCGACUCGUGUAAUAUCAACCGAGACACAAAAUGAUAAUUGGUGGGGGGGUUUAUUACAACAUAUUUAUUGUAAAAAUUAGAUCUAGUGGUGGUAUAAUAGAUGGGCGCCAGAGCCCAAAGGGGUGUGUGUUCUAUUCUGGACCCAUUAAUCAAUCCAGAUGUUGCAGUCAUGUGAAAUAUUCUACUACUGUUAUUAGAAAUAAAAUCAUUCAUCGUUGCUAUUCUUUGAGAAAAA